UUUCUAUCUCUUUCUCAUUCUGUGUGUGAGGGUUGUGUGACAGCUUUUCCUGCUUGUUGCGAACGGCUGAAAGGGAAAGAACUUUUACGCUGAUGAUUCAAGAGGAAGUUGCCAGCUCUUCACUUCAGACUCUUGUAAUGCAAAAUCAAACUGAGACAUAUGCACACACGACUAAAGAGUCACUGGAUGGGAAUGUGAAGACCAAAAGCUGAGUUUAUUCAUUGGCUGUUACCAGGCUGUAAACUCUGCACGAUUUGGGCUGUGUAAAAUAUUGAUGCAGCCAGAUCUGAACUAAAUUUAGAAAACAGCUUUGACACUUCUUUAUGACAGAGGACCAAGAUAUUCAGAGGACACGGAGGGAUAACCAAACAGUGCGAGAGCCUUGAUCCAACCCAACUAAUAGUGCAACAUGAAUAGGAACUGAAGACUAAUUUAUAUGGUUUUGAUUUGGAAACACAGGACAAAGCCAGGAUGAAUGUGAAAAGGAAGGAGGAGAUGGAUUUCUUAAGCAACACUAUUGCUGCUUAUGCUCACAUUAAAGCCAAUCCCGAGAGUUUUGGCCUUUACUUUGUCAUUGGCGUGUGUUUUGGCCUGGUGCUCACUCUCUGCCUCCUGGUCAUCCGGAUCUCCUGUAAGCCUCGUACCACUACAGCGCCCUCCACACCAGAGAAAAAACAACUGAAAGACUAUAGUGAUGAUGACGAGGAUGAGGAGAGUGAUGAUGAGGACGAGGAGGAAGAUGCAGGAGACAUUGAGUCCCCUGUCUUGCAUAGUACCACAGAGAUCCCCAUGGGGAACCACCACAACACACCAGAUGGGACUCUGAGCAGGAAUGUGUUCACCUCGGCCGAGGAGCUGGAGCGAGCACAGCGAUUGGAGGAAAGGGAGAGGAUCAUCAGGGAGAUCUGGAGAAACGGACAGCCUGACAUCGUGGGAACAGGAACAGGCACAAUUGGCCGAGUGCAUUACUAUUAACACACCCAGAGAUUCUUGGACUUACUCAAGCCAUUCCACUGGGUGAGAGCACUACUUGGAAAGACUUUAAGAAGAUAUUGUUAAAGGAAGGAGCUUCCAUAUUUUUCUAAAUUGGACUGAUGUUAUUCUAAUCCUAAAAGACACAGGAAGGAGUGUAGAUCUGGUACUGUGUGCUACAUUUCUACUGGGCUGUUGUCAGUCCCCAUUUAAAGGUUGAGUAAGCGAUUCCUGAGAAAGACUGUUGAUAUUUGUACUCAACAGCCAAACAAACACACCCCUCCCUUCAGUGCUUCUUCAGAAGCUCCGCCCCCCAAAUUCAUGCAUGCGCAAUAGUGUUGUGUGGAUCGGUCCGAUCCACUUUGCUUAUUUUCCCAUUUACAGAGCCAGGGCUGUGUACAAACACAGGAUUUUUUUCCCAGCGCACACACAGAACGGACAGCUAGUGGACCAUGAAGAGAUAUUUGUGGAAUUUGACAAAAAGUGUAUUGGAUUAAAAUGACUUACUCCACCUUUAAUGGUGCUUAAUGCAAAGUAAUUUUAAAGCACAAAUUCAGACUCUGACAGUGUCCUGACUUGGAUCCUACUGUAGUUGUAAAUUGUAGGAAAUAAUUAGAAGCUCACAAAAAGCAAGUGCACUUCUGCAACCAUGCCAUUUAUUGUGUAAAGAUGUUUUCUGCUAUUUUUUUAUACUUGAUAUUUUUAAACUAAUGCAUUCCACUAAAAUCCCCCCAUAAAUAUGGUCCAUCAUGCAGUUACUCAUAGACUUUAAAGCCACGUGGCAAAAAAACAACCUCACAUCAUAUUAAACACGGUUCAAGCUCUCAAAGCCCUUAUUAUAAGUAACAUAUAACAAGUAACAUGCUUAAACCCUCUGCUAAUUCAAUUCUGCAGAUACAUUUUCAAACUAAAUCCAAGGCUAACUAAUCCAAACUAAUCAACUCAUUAAUAUUAAGCACUUAAUAUUAGUAACAAAUAGCUAGUAAUAAAUGUAUACACUUACUGAUUAUUUAAAUAGAUUUACAAAUACAUUUCAGGGUUGUUUUGUCAAUCAUACAUCAAUGAUCAGUGUGUUUUUUUUAAAGGGACAGUACAUCCAAAAAGGAAAUUCUCUCAUCAUUUACUCACCUUCAUGCCAUCCCAGAUGUGCAUAACUUUCUUUCUUCUGCAGAACACAAAGUAAGAUUUUUAGAAGAAUAUCUUACAAGGCAAAUGAAUGGGUGCCAAAAUUUUGAAACUCCAACAAGCACAUAAAGACAGCAGAAAAGUAAUCCAUAAGACUCCAGUGGUUAAAUCUGUAUCUUCAGAAGCGAUAUGAUAGGUGUGGUUGAGAAACAGAUCAAUAUUUUAAAAAAAAAGGACUUAAAUAUUGAUGUGUUUCUCACCUACGCCAAUCAUAUAACUUCUGAAGAUCUGGAUUUUAUCACUGGAGUUGUUUAGAUUACUUUAAUGCUGCCUUUAUAUGAUUUUGGAGCUACAAAAUGUUUGUACCCAUUCCUUUGCAUUGUAUUGACCUAAAGAGCUGAAAUAUUCUUCUAAAAAUAUUCAUUUGUGUUCGGUAGACGAAAGAAAGUCAUACACAUCUGGGAUGGCAUGAAGGUGAAUAAAUUUCAUUUUUGGGUUAACUAUCCCUUUAAGUAAAAGAACAGAUUAUAUUGUUGUUAGAUAGCAUAACAGGGUCAAAUUGUGUUUUUGUUGUCACUGUGUGUCUUUCACGUUUGCCCUUCAGCUGUGAUGAUUUGCAGCAGUCAUGGAUGGAGUUUGAUGUCUGUAACAAUACUUUUGGUAUUCAGGUUUAAAACUCAUGCUUUAUAUUGGACCCACUGUCUCAUGUUACUAUGAUGGACCUGGGUGCUAUUAUAUUUUUUGCUUGAUUUCCUGUUCACAGAUUCUUGGCAUAAUACAUACACUUUGAGCUUUAUAGUCUUUCAAAAUGCUGAAAACCCAAACAAUUUGACUUAAGCAUACCAAUAUCUCUAGAAAUGUUUACACAGAUAAAAAUGCCAGUACAACUAUGUGUUUCGAGUACAUUCCAUUAUAACAAGUGAAGACAGUUUAAACUUGAGAACUGUUAAUAUGAUGCCUAAUAUAUACAAAACCACAUGCAAUCAAAGUCAAGGCCGAAAAAGGAAGAAUCUGAGUCUAUUUUUGAUUAGUGGUACUGUCAUCACUGUAGUACACACACAUUUUGCAAACAUAUUUCUAGCAUUUGGAACUUCUGUCUGUCACUGUUAAAAAUAGUCAGUUCUCACUGAUUUGUCAGAGGCUAUGAAGAUCUGAUAUAUUCCAAAUGGUUUCCAGAUGCUGUUUUCUGGCUGAAGGGAAACUAAAUCUGCACCAGUCUCAUACCAUAUCUUCAUACAGGGAAAAGCUGAGAUUUGAGCUGAGAUCCUACUUAGAUACCGAGAAAUGUCUAUUUAUCUGUCAUUCACAAAGAAGCGUUUAAAUAUUUGUGUUAACUGUCUUCAGCAUUUGUGUUGUUAUAAUUUGUCAAAAAUAACCUGGGGCCAAUCAGAUUGCCUUAUGUCAUUUCAUAAAUUCUUUUUUUGAUAAGGUCAGUGGGGUUAUGGAAAUAAAUAUAAAUAUUUUAUGUUUAGAAA